CUCAUCAAAACUGCCACGCCUGGUAACGAGAAUACUAGGAAGUCUUUGGAGCGAGAAUACAAUGCCUACCAAAGACCCGCCAUCGCAUCAUCUCCAUGUAUCCGAGCCUUGUGCGACAUCGUGGGACACCCUAGGGAUCUCACUGGCGAAGAGAGCGCCUGCUUAGUUCUCGAGUGGUUGGACUACACUUUAGCAACACUACGGCCUGAGAGUGUCCGAAACAAUCAUACCCUUCUCAAAGCCUUUAUUCGCGCAAGCCUCUCUGCCCUUGACACAUUUAAGCGGGAGGGACUUGCUUAUGUAGAUGUUAAAUCUGCAAACGUCCUGCUCUCCAACAUUGACACAGAUAGCCCAAUUAUUAAAAUAGCAGAUUUAGGACUCGCGUGUCCGGAAGGCAGUCUCAAGUUUGCUCAACCGUAUGCUACACGUGCCCCCGAAGUUUACCGAGGCUUCGCCUGCACUCAUCACGCCGAUGUCUGGGCACUCGCCGUGACUGUGGUUGAACUGUUCAAUUCCGACCUUUUUGGCUUCUCCGACAUAGACUGCAAUGUCCCAGUUGAGGGUUGGUGUAUCGCAAAGCUCGUGCUGCUCUUCGGGGGCGAUCUCGGUCCGCUUGCGGACAACGAUGCCAUCAAGAAGGAUUUCAAACUGGGCAGACUCCUUGCCGAGUGGGUUGAUAAGGGCGAGCAGGUUGUGAAAGUGUCAUCAUUUGAGGAGGAGAUGCAGAGUAUAGACAUGCCGCAGGCAUUAAAGGGUUUUGUGAAAUAUCUGCUCGUCGUUGAUCCAGACAAAAGGCCCUCAGCUGCACAGGCGCUAGCAUCAAAAGAGCUUCGGUCUUUUGAAGCAGAAAGUCUAGAGGCAUAG